GAUAGCUUCUUUCUCUUCCCCUCUCCUUUUUUAAUAAAAAGAAAAAGAAAUGACAAGCCGUCUUUUUCCAGAAGAGAUUAUGAUUAUGAUAUUUAAAUAUUUCUUAACUCAAGAUAAUUUCUUCCACUACCGCUUGGUGUGUUCAUUGUGGAAUUCAAGAAUAUCUUCUAUAUAUUUGAAGGAUGGAUUGCAUAUACGACUUUAUGAAUCUGAAAUGCCUAAACUUGUCUCUGAUACAUCGAACUCUGAUAGAUUAGCAGAAACAAUCUACCGUAUCGAAUUGCUUGAGGAUGCCAAAAUUAUCGAUAAAGAUUACAUAAGAGGACCAAAUCAUCUUGAAUAUUUUGUAAAGGUUGUCACUGCAUGCCCUAACCUAGUCAAAUUAACAUUAUCUAUGAAUCAUUCAGCGAGAGAAUAUUUGGAGUUGUUAGUCAGAGAACAAAUAAAUUUACCAAACAUCAGCGAAAUUUGCUUUAGAUCAAUGUUUGGAUUUUUCAACCUAGAUGAUAGAACCUUACUUGUAAGGCUUAACCUUAUCUACUGCAAUCAAAUUACAACCUUGAUCUUCUACCAGGAAGGUGUAGAUAUGGAAGAGUUUGGAGGAUCUUAUAAGUUCAUUUCAAAUUUUCGAAAUCUGAAGGUGUUGGAAGUGCGUUCUUGGGAUAGAAAUCAAAAAAUUGACAUAGCUCGUCUUAUGAAAGCAUGUACGCCAAAUUUAGAGGUCUUGCGAAUCCUUGCAUUUCGAUCAGUUAUGAAUGUGGAUAGUACAUCUGAUAGUGCAAUAAAUAUUAAACAGUUUAAAAGUUUAAAAAAUAUAUUUUUUUACAUAUUAAGCAUUAGCAGAAAUGCGUUGGAGUUUAUCAUGGUCAAUUUCAAAAGUCUGGAUUUUCUUCGCAUUACUACUCCUCCGCCUAGUAUAAGAGACAAUUCUAACUCCUUGUACAAGAAAGGAGAAGCUGAACCUUUCUUUCAAGAACUAAUUUUAUAUUGUAAAGAUAUAACAAACAGUGGUAUUUCAAUGAUGUAUGAAGAAAAUCAAGAACGUAAAACAUUUAUAAUUCCUUCUAAAAGGAUUGCAAAACAAAGAGUUUAAGUAAAUCAAAAAUCAAUAAACUGAAC